AUGGAAUGGAAUUCUACGACUGCCGUGAUGUGUGACCGACGGAUGAGCGACCGGCUCAAAGUUCCGACCAGUAGCAAUGUACGGUACCGAAUGCUGGCCGGCGACAGAGAAGGACGAAGUAAAUGGCAGUUAUGGAAACGAAGAUGCUUCGAUGGACCUCCGGAGGCACGAGAAUGGACCAGGAACGAGGACAUUCGGAAACGAUUCGGAGUGGCACCGAUCCGCGAGAAGUCGCCUGAGAUGGUACGGGCACGUCCUGUGGGCUGA